CAUCUGCCAAUCACGGGACAAUCCAUGGGCGUAUUAUGUUAAUGUAGCCUCCCUCGUUUGUACUGUAAACUGCCACACUUUUUAUUUCGUUUUUGCACUUGUGCGUGGCCCUUUAAGAACUCCAUAUUGCCCAUGUGAUGCGUCAACACGGAGAGAGCGGAGGAUGAUGCUAUUAUGUAAAAAAAACAUGGUUCGAUAAAAGUAACCGAGAGUGUUUCUCAGUAAUUAAUACCUCUGAAUACUUGUCUUUGUGUUUUCUGAGUUUUGAGUGAGCGCAACGAAGAAUGAAGACAGAGUAGACCUUGUACAUUUAGUUGCCGAUCCGUAAAGGACUAGAGGCUCGGCUCAACUCAACUGGAUACAGAUACUACGACGCAACUCACUCCAGCCUAUGUUUUCAUAUCCAUAAAAACAUCUACACCCAUGGCACACGGAGCUUGGCAUUGAGCAGGAUCUGAAUGGAAGCGUGUGAUGACCCAUGCGCGUCAGAGGGCACCUCUGUGGCGACACUGGAGUGAACACUGGGACCAGGUGGGCAGCCCCACACAUGCUGAAACCAUGGGCCGCGUCUGGCCCAAGAGCCCGAGGCAAGAGCAGCGGACCCCGACAGAGACCAAGACCAAGGCCAAGGCCAAGCUCCGACAGAGUCGGGCCAAAGAGCGAGAGAGGGAGGCGAAGGAUCUGAGCGGGGAGCUGGACAGGAAGAUGUACCCUCUGCGGGGCCGACUGGGCCUGGGCGACCUUGGCACGCGCAACUGCAGCGUGGUGCUCACCCGGCUGGAGGAGAGCGAGGGCCAGACAGCCGCCGGGGGCAAGCACCGGAGGGGCCAGGGCAACAAGCCAAGGAGCGGUGGCUGCGAGCGGUCAGGAGGGAGGACCAAGCCCUGCAAGUGCCGAAAGAAAGGCUGCAAAGCCUGCUGCUGGCCACGGGCACCGACAAUGCUGCCGCUGCCGCCACAAGCGCCACAACGGCCACCGCAACUACCAAAAAACAAAUCAGAAUUACCUGCUCCCAAAUCGGAAUUACCUGCUCCCGAAUCGGAAUUCCCUGCCUUAUGCUUGCCCCCGGAGCCCAUCCAGGAGCCCCGCAAGCGCAGGCUGGCCUCGCUCAACGCUGAGGCGGUCAACAGCCUGCUUUUGGACAGAGACGACCCCCAGCAGGCGUCCAGACUUGCAAAGAAGCAGCAACAGCAACUACAACAACUACAGCAACAGCAGCAGCAGCAGCAGCAGCAGCAGCAGCAGCAGCAGUGUUCCUCUUUGAAAGGGGAAUGUGCUAAUCUGGCUAAAGACCCAGCUAAGGAAGCAGGCAGCUCCAAAAGGGCAGCUCAUGGCAGAAAGAGGACGCCAGACUCCGAGGGGUGUCCGGGUCCCAAAAAACACAAAAAGGCCAAGCUGGACACGGAGGAAGUGGACCAGCUGAGUUUGGACAGCCCCACGCCGCGGCGCCUGGCAGGCCUGAACGCGGCCGCUCUCCUUAGGCUCACUAGCACAUCCGCCGGAGUCAAGCGGCGCGGCAAAACAGACAGCAAGCUGGGGAGUGGAACCGUGCGAGGUAAACAGCAACAACAACAACAACAACAACAGCAACAGCAACAGCAACAGCAGCAGCAGCAGCAGAAGCAGCAGCAACACCACCACCACCAUCACCAUCACGUAUCCAAAUCGCAAAAGCAUCGGCUCAAGUUGCACCAACACCCUCCUAUCCAGCAACAGCAGCAGCAGGUGCUUCAGAGGUGUUGCAGCCUCUGCAAGAAGGAGGCCUACCAGCAGGAGGCGCUGUGGGAAGGCAAGGCAGGGGGCCACGGCUACAUCCGGCCGGGCUUCCAGUGCCGCUCCAUGCUGAGCUACCCGCUGAAGCAGGUGAAGGAGGAGCAGACGGAGACGGAGGUCAACCCUCCUUACUACUGCUGCUCCCCAGAGCGCUCGGUGGAGUACUGCCACCGGCUGGCACUCUUCUUGGACCAGAAGCCGUACACGGAGGCGGACGAGCAUUCCCUGCCCCCCGUCAAGGGCUUCCUCGCGCACCCGGCGACACUGGCCAUCAACGCCCACCCGUACCCGUGCUACUCGGGCUACUACGUCCACAUUGCCCACCACGGGGCGUCCUCGCCCCCCAUCAGCGCCACGCCGGUCCCCUACCCGCCCUCCUCCGUGGCCCCCAUCACGCUGUGCAACAGCACGGGCCAGAGACCCAAGCUGCUGCCCCCGUCCUCCGUGUCCCACUCGCCGCCGGGCAUCCCGCACCCGGCCUACUGCAGCUCGGUGGGGGCCUGCUACGGGGGCGAGACGUGCCGCAUGGGGCCCUACGCCUACCGGACUUCGCAGCACCUCCAGGCGCGCGGAUGCUCCUACAGCGCCGACUGCUCGAGCUGCAACCGCAAGAUCAAGAUGGAGGACUACCCGUACCCUCUGGAGGAGCACAGCCCGUCCAUCCCCGUCUCGCCCCCGCUGCCCCUCUCCGUCUGCCCCAUGCCCAGCGUGCCGCCGCCCUCCCCACAGUCGGUCCCUCACCUCCAGACGCCCCUCUCCGACUCGGCCGGUCCCCCCCAGGGUCAGCUGCGGGUGGCGCGGGAGUGCCCCCAGAGCGCCAAGCCCCCGAGCGGCUCGCGGUCAGGCUCCGGCGUGGUGCGCAACAGCGCCCCCUCCCUAGGGGUCUGCCCGCACAGGAAGGACAAGCAGCUGGGGCCGAGCAGUGCCAGCGGGACUGGCGGCAAGCAGCAGAAGAUCUCGCGUCGCCGGGCAACCAACGGAUGGCUUCCUGUCGGCGUGGCGACUGAAAAGGAGGUGUUUGUCGUGGGUGAGGAGACCAUGGUCCUGCGUAGGUGUUACGACGCCGUGCAGAGGGCUGGUGAGGUGAUCCGUGUCAGGGACACGGUGCUGCUCCGCUCGGGCCCCAGGAAGAAGUCCCUGCCCUACGUGGCCAAAGUGUCUGCCUUUUGGGAGGACCCCGAAUCUGGAGAGAUGAUGAUGAGCCUGUUUUGGUACUAUCGCCCAGAGCACACUCAGGGGGGCCGCAAUCCCAGCAUGCACUGUGAGAAUGAGAUUUUUGCGUCCCGCCAUCAGGAUGAAAACAGCGUGGCCUGCAUUGAAGACAAGUGCUACGUGUUGACUUUAGCUCAGUACUGUAGAUUUUGUGCCUUGGUGAAGCGUCACGCCGACGGUCUCCCCAAAAGUUCCCCCGUAGUGCCGCCUUCCCAGGGGUACUCCGUGCCCUCGCACCGCCGCGUACCCGCCAACGUGGACCCCGAGCUGGUCUUCGUCUGCCGCCACGUCUACGACUUCCGCUACGGACGGCUCCUGAAGAACCUGCAGUAGCGCUGGAGAGAGGGGGAUGGGUGGGCGGGGGUGAGGAGAGCUUUGAAAGAGAGAGAGAGAGAGUAAGAAAGAGAGAGAGAGAGAGGUACAAGAAAGAGAGUGAUGAAGAUGGACUGAAUGCAAGAGGUAAUCAACAAUGAAUAGUUGUAGUCUCCUCACAAGUGAGUGAGUGAAAGAGUGAGAGAAAAAGUGAUGGGUUAAAGUGGAAUCCAGGGAACAGAGUUUUGGUUUGAUGGCUCUUUCACUUAACUGGGCAGAUUUGUAUCCCCAUCGUUGGACUUCUGGAUUUUUUUACAAUGAGAGUCACACAUUAUGAAUUUAGAUUAAAUAUGAGGCACAAAUACUUUUACAUGCAAAAUGCCAUAAUAUUAUAAUAGUUGGAGAGUCAACCUACUUGUUGAUAUAUUUAUUUGGUUUGUGGAUAGUAAUUCUUUUUAAGCCAGCCCGAGCACUUGUCAGAAGUGAAGGUACAAUUAUAAUUGACUACAGGUCUUGAUAUUCUUUCUCCUUGUGUAAAUUGUCCCAUACUGGAUCUAGUACAUUGAGAUCUAUUUAUUUAUGAGAGGUUAGAAAAUGUAUUUAUUUUUUGAAAAGUAAUUUAAGAUUAUAAAGAUUGGUUUCUUGUAUUUUGGAAAAGGAAACAAAUACAGUAGAUCUUCAUUCCUUAAUUGCUCUUGUUCAUGACUGAGAAGGAAGCCCAACAUGUUAUCCCCCCCCCCCCCCCCCCCCACAUUACAUGGGAGUAGUGGUGACCAGAGACUUUUGAACUGGAGGACCAAAUAUCCCAGGGUUCAGUGGACUGACAUUGCAGGAAGCGGUCCGUAUGGGGCCCCCUUCCAUCCAUCCUGUACCCUUCAUACCAUGUCUGAUCGACCAAUGAGAUGAAGGUGUGGUCUGUUAAUGCUCCAAUCCUCCAUGGCCCUGUGAUUUGCCUUAUGACUCUAUAGGUGAAGCUUUAGGAAGUGUCACACUCAAGCCCCUCUACCUUCAACCCCCCCCCCCCACCCUCCUUCAUCUUGUCCUCUGAAACAAGCCAAAGGUAAUCAUCCAAACACACCCCCCCCACACCCACAUACACACACACAACCCUCUGUCCUGCCUUUUGCCCAGUCCCAGUUGCUCCCAACACCAUUAGUUUGCACUAAUAGAUUAAUCUGAGGUGUCCCUAGAGAGGUUUGACUCUGCCCAAGGCUUCACCUGCUACUGAUUUUUUUUUUUUUAAUAUUUGGAUAUUAUAUAUAUAUAUAAAAUGCUGAAUGAAAUACUGUGUAUUUAUGUAUGUGAACAUGAGCUGAAGGAGUCAGUAUCUUGUUUAUAACUGUAACCUGCCUGGGGGGAAGGGAGUAUAUGGGACGGUCUCGGAGCGUUUUAAUGUGUGUGUGUGUGUGUGUGUGUGUGUGUGUGUGUGUGUUUUCACAUGCACUCAGGCAUGACACUCCAUGGCCUCCAUCCCAUCGUAAAACUCCCUGCUCCCCCCACACACAAACACACUCACACACACACACACACACCGAGCAUGUACGUUGACCGAGCUGGAACAACCUUAGCCACUGGUGUUGUCAUAACGUGGUGAUAAUCAUGUUUGAAUGCUUUGAAUGCUCAAGAUGUGAAAUAUCUGUCUUAGAUGGUCUGCUGUGCCUUUUUUUUAUCAUUGUUGGUUUCAGACUAAGAGAACCUGACAGUCCUGAGUUCCUGACAUUUCCUUCUUCCUCGCGUAUCUAACACAAAUUCCAGCUGUCUCGCCUUUGACUCAGCCUGUCUUUGAAAAAACAGAGACAUUCCUUAAAAGUCUGAUUCUCUUUGGUUUUCCUGAAGUCCCCCCAUCGAUUGAGGUGGCUUUCCAGGUGACAAAGGUUUAAACAAGUGGAAGAAAAAGGAAAAAAAGAGAUCAGAAGUUGCAAUGCAAACCCACAGAAUUACAGGGUGUCCUCUAGUUUCUCUGACGUAUGAAAACUAUGGCCCAUUUAGUGUGUCAUGGAGUAUCAGAUUAAUGUUAGCAUUUACAGACAAUUCUGUCAUAACUAUAUUGGUGUUAACUCAAUAACUAAUGUGUUUUGAUUCUUUGCAUUAAACAUGUUUUAAUUGGCAGCGCCCAUGUAUACUACAAAUAUGUCGUGCGGUUUAUUUAGCCAUUGAGUAUAGAGAGAUUUAAUUGCAUAAACGAUGGAACUUUUUAGUAAUAUGUCCUAGCAAUGGUCAAUAUGAAGGUAUGUUUUUUUUUAGUACAGUUCAGUUUGUUUGGCUGAUUUGAGAAGUCCCUGCCAAUCAUAUCAUUAUCAUGCUGAACUCCAGUGUUGUUGACCAAAAAUGUGCUGCAUCAGCAGAAUUGUUUUUGUCUUAACAAAAAAAAACGCUUUCCUUGUAAUUCUUGUAUCUCACUUUUUACAGAAAUGGUGGCUUGUUUUAGCAUCAUACCUUACCCCUGCAUUCCUCAAAACAUUUUAGCAAACUGAGCCUGUGUCAUGUAUCAAGACUUAAGACAACAUGCCAGGUUAAGAGUGCUUCUCGGGAAGACUGACGGAAAACUACUGUGUCCUUGUGGUUAAGUCCGUCAAAGAUCAGUAUUGACAGGAUUAGUUUUGUCUAAAAAAGGUUUUGGGUGUUUCUUUUUUUUUCUAAAUGCCUUUGACAUUGUCUGUCAUCACUUGGAAAUGGAAUUACCAGACAAGAAAUCCAUACCAAAAAAAUAAGGGGCAGAAAGGAUUUAAAGUCACUCCUGGGUAUAUUAAAACCUCCGAAUUCCAACAUCUUUGCUCCUCUGACAGUGAUGAUGAAGAUGAUGAUGAUGAUGAUGUGUAUACAUAUAUAUAUUUCAACUCUAAGCAUGGACGCCCGGGCAUUCUUGGACUAGAUCUAGCACAGUGCAUUUGUAUUAUUUAAGAUAGAUCUGUAUAUUAUCAGAGACAAAUAUUUAAAUGGAAUAAAUAAUAUAUGAGUUUGACAUUG